AUGGCCGCUAAAGCCCAACCAUCCUUUAUGGAACUCAGCUUUUCUGCACCAAUUGACACGACAACCUUCAUCAGCCCAACCAAAAGUUUUGUUGCAAUUGUUGUUUCCCCGAUGGCACAUCUGACACAAAUUCAAGAUACACAACCCACUCCAAAUGUCAAUACAUUUGUUGUUUCACCUUUCUCUUCUCCGCUAUCCAAAUCCAAAAGGUCUCUAUAUCGCACUCAGGGGGAGAAUCCUAAGAAGAAGAAGAAGAUUGAUGUCGUUGUUACCCUUAUUACCCCUAUGCCUGAGAAUGAGCAUUCAUAUGAUUCUAGUGGCGAGUCUUCUUGUAAUACUCGUAAAAUAACAAAGUAUAUAGGUUCAAAACAAGGUUCACUGGAGAAGCUUAUUGAUGAUUUCGUUGAACUUGAGGUUGAAGUCACGAGAGAAACAACUGCUUCUCGUCAAACUCGAUGUCUUCGUACAGCUCGUUCUCAUUCUGAGGGACAACCGCUUAUGUCUGAUGUUGUUGCUAAGAAAGAUAUUGACGAUUAUAACCUAAAAAAUGCUUACUUGAACCAUUUUUAUUCGGUCUAUUUUGAACGUUGUCAUGGUCUGGUCUUUUCUCUUAUGUCAUUUAACCUUGAGCGCCCUAUUCUCGUGUCUCAUUUUGAGAAAUUUUAUGCAAAUUUGUGUUCUGGAGUUAAUAACGUUCGUUCUCCCCACAGCCAUAAGCAAAUAUUCAUGUUUGGUGGUUUCGAAAAAAGUUUAGGUGAUCACAGUCAGUACUACAAAGUGGUACUAUGUGCUUUAAGACAAUCUGUCCACGCGGAUUCCCCGUGGCUUCGGCAUCUAAAUCGGAAAAAUGGGGAACAAAGUGCAAGUGCAACCAAAGGGAAAGGAAAAGUAAUGGUUCAUCAUGAAGAGCAAGAUGAAGAGCAAGAGGAGUUGUUGGCCAUUGAAGAGGUCAUUGAGGAGGACCCCUAA